UCAGCCAUUCCUAGAGGAAUUCUAGGCACCUUGGAAAAAAGCGAAAUCGCGCUAGGGAUUUCAGCCGAUCUGGCAGCUCUUCCGAUGCCACUGGCGCGCCUUUUAAUCCAAAGCGCCUUUUUCGUGUCUCAUGUUUGCUCGUUUAUUGCGGAGGCCUAUAUACGCUUCAAGAUGCUGGAAAAGGAUCACUUCCAAGUAAUCUGGAAGGCUGAUGCCAAGUACAUCUUGUGCGAGAAGCUUGAUAUGAUUCCUGACCUGGAACCGGAGUUGAUGGAGGGCACCACUGUGGCCUACCGAUAUCCGGCGUCAAAGGAAUCGGCCCUGCAGUGGAUUCAGCUGUACCAAGAGGCCGCCAACAUCCCCCUGACGACGUACGACUCCAUGUCGAAUGGCCAAAGGGUGGUGUACUGGGCCAGGCUUCGUUGUCACCACGACGUCCCAGAAAAGCCGAGUCGUCCGAGGAAAAACCAAUCCGCCAAGGACACCGGGUGCCCCCUGCGCCUGAAAGUGACUGUCGCCAACAUUCCAAAACGGAAUAGGUCUACAGACCCAUGCGCGGCUUACGAGCUACGGGUGACAUGUAACAAGAAGCCCCACAACCACGCCGUGGACAACGCUGCCGCUCUGAGACAUCGACGCGUCUCUGAGCUGACGAAGGCCCGGCUGAUGGAGCUGUUCCAGCACCACCACUCGCCCUCCACGGCGCUGGAGACCCUGAAACUACAGCUUCAGGAGGAGCAUGGGAGCGCCUACCCGUCGGUGGCCGCAGACCGAGCCAUUGUCCCAGAUAGGAUGGCCGUCUACUACCUGUACUACAAGCACUGUCGGGAGCGUUACCCAGCCUCGACCCAGGAGGAGACCAUGGACCUCAUCCGCCACAUGAAGGACGUCCGCACGGCGGUCUCAGUCGAGGACGGCGAGACGGUGAUCGCGGCGGUGACGCCGCUGAUGGAGCGCGUCCACACGCUCCCCGACGCGGGAGAGGUGGUCUUUGUCGACGCCUCAGGAGGGAUGAACCGGCACGGCCAGCGCGUCUUCCUGCUGAUGUGCUGGAGCCCGGCCGGUGGUCUGCCUCUCGGUGUCAUCGUCUCCACCUCGGAGACCGAGGCCGUGGUGGACAAAGCCUUCCGGCUGCUCGUCGGGAUUUUACCAGACGGCGCCUUUGGCGGGCGUGGAAGGCGCGGCCCUCUGUGCUUCAUGACGGACGACUGUCAGGCCGAGCGGAACGCGCUGUCGGCGGUGUGGCCUGAGGCGCGGCUCCUGCUGUGCACGUUUCACGUGCUGCAGGCCGUCUGGCGAUGGCUUCACAACGGCAAACAUGGCAUCGACAAGCAACACAGGCAGGCUAUCAUGGCACUAGCCAAACAGCUCGUGUACGCCAACAAUGAGGCGGAGAUAGCGACGACGAUGGAGCUGGUGGCUACCGAGUGGGGCGAGCGCUACCCACUGCUGGACCAGUACCUGCAGGGUUUCGCUGCCCGCCGUCAAGAGUGGGCGCUGUGCCUCCGCACGGAUGUCCCCACCCGGGGACACAACACGAACAACAUCGUGGAGUCCGCCUUCAGAGUCCUCAAAGACUCUGUCCUCUACAGGACUCGUGCGUUCAACCUGCUGCAGCUGUUUGAUUUCGUCACGGUCCAGCUCAGCAAGCACUACGCCAGGAGGGCGUGCGACGUGGCCAACGGCCGGCAGCGGGCGGCACUGCGCCGGUCCGCGGCGGCACCAGCCAAGAAACGGGCACUGUGACGCAGGUGACGGAGUUCACCUAUCAGGUGAAGUCGCUGACGUCGGUCGGCAUCACCUACCUGGUGGACCUGAACGUCGGCGCCUGCACCUGCAGGAUGAACCGGCGGACUGGCGGCUGCAAACACCUCCGAGCCGUGCGGCAGCAGACUGGCGCUGUGCCGGAGGCGACGGCGACAAAGGAGACGCGGAGGGCCUUGAUGGACAUCGCCAUGGGGACCAGCCAGCAGCUGCCAGGCAACUGGUUCGACCCUCUGGUCGCCGAGCCGUCCACCUCGUCACCUCCUGGCCCCACGCCCGCCAGCGCCCCCGGAGUCGCGCAGCCCCAGCCGUCGCCUGGUCCCGAGGAGUACGACGACGACGCAAUGGACUUCGAGGACCCCGCCGCUGCGGCGGCGGCUGUCAGUGGAGCUGAGCAGCGACGCUCAGAUGACCGGACACGCCAAACCGUGGCGUUCAUCCAGGAGUGGGCAGCCUUCAUGUGCGAGGCAGUCGUCCAGGACGACACCUGGGAGAGGGCUGCCGCUGCCUUCCAGCAGAGGUGGGGCCAGCUGCCCACUGCUGGCCGCCAGUCCGCUCUGCACCAGUUUGGGGGUGCGCAGGGCUGCCGGCGGAACGCCACCCAGAUUCCGGUCCAGCCGACCAGCACUGCCCGUCGCACCAGCACCAACGUGCGGGGUCGCGCUCGCUGGCCCGCUGGACGGCCGUGCCGCUCCGCGCGCACCGGGGAGCACGGCUACGUGGCAGCCUCCGCCAGGCGGUCGGCGGCGCCCCACAGCCUGGCCACCUGUGUUGACCAGAACCGCCCCCUGGGGCGCUGAGUGGUAGAGGUGAAGUGGGGGUGACCGGGGCAAGUUGGUGCCAGGGGGGGGGGGGGGUAAGUUGGGACGGAAGGGAUAUUUCCAAUACUUCUCGACAGUUGGCGUUCAAACUUAUUUUGUACAUGCACAGUAACGCCGUCUGUUUGUCAACGUGGUGUCGGCGCGUGCUGAGGUAAGUGCUGUUAAUAAUCGCUACAAAUGUGUUUCAGGUACCAAAAGUGAUUUUCUUGCUGUGAAAAUAUUCUCUUCUAGUGUCGUUGUGUGUGCCUUUUUGUUUGCCGCAGGAGUACUGCAAACGUUUGUGUUUUGUCGUUAAUGCCCGCAUGGAUUAGCGAUGAUUGUUCAUGUGAAACAUGAAUAAAAAUGUGUUUAGA